CUGGAGUUACCAGCCCCGGAUGGGAAGUUUUACAGGAAAUAUUUCCCACUCUUCCCACAGAUAAAUAUAACGUUCUUUACCGUGACCCUGUGGAUCCUGAGAAACAAACUCUCCUCUCUCAAUGCAGAUGUGUCCACCGUCAGAGACCACAGGUUACUGACCUUUAAAGCCAUCGCCCAGCUCUUCAUUCUGGGCUGCACAUGGAGUCUUGGUCUCCUCCAAAUCGGCCCAGCAGCCACGGUCAUGGCGUAUUUAUUCACCAUCGUCAACAGCCUGCAGGGAGCCUUCAUCUUCCUGGUGCACUGUCUCCUCAAUCGCCAG